UCAAAGAGCCUGCUACCAUAGCAACCUGUUAGAACAUCAAGUAGUUGUCGGAGUACUGUUUAAAUAACGUAGCUAGAAAGUACAUUGGUGCUGCUAGGCGAUGUAUUGCUGGUCAGUUUGAUAUAACGCGGAGAUCACUGCGGAAGAUAUUUUUAAGAUACCCUAAUAUUGCAUUGGCUUUAAAGCUCUGAUUUCGGCAGCUCCAGUAAUCUGCAUCAAUUUAGUUUUUUGUGGCGUUAUUGUACUGAAAGGACGAGACUUGCUUAUUGCAUCGUCAAAUUCCGCCCACUUUCGUUUCGGUACGGAAUUAACGUCAGCUUGCAGAUUACUGGGAUCAUCGCAGAAUGUAGCUGUGUAGACCGUUUCUUAGCUAGUAGUUUAUACAGAUGUUUAUGUAGCGUUUGCUAAAACGCCUUGAGUGCAGCGUGUGUCGAAUUCCGAUUUCCUCUUGUCGCUUCUGGGUAGUGUUUCCGGACAGUGAGCUCUUCGGUCACGAUAAUCAUCGCAACAUUAACCCAGUCUGUGUGUCUCGUUAGGAACAGCAGCCAACUUUCCUUGAACUGAACAGUAUUCAGGCGUGACAGUGAUGACGGAAAACUUCGAAGCAACUUCUGAACUUCAGUCCAGAUUGUCUUCCCUCUCUGUGUCGUCUUUUCCUGGAAUAACGUCGAAGAAUUGCCCAACUAAUGCUGAAGAUGGGCUUCAGAGCACAGACCUGUCCCAGCAUCCACAGAACACUGAAAACCUUCCCCAGAUUAAUGACAGCGAAGGGCUUCCACAGCCCACAAAGAGUAACCAGGCUGAGCCCACUGGUCAGGCUAUAGAUGGGGACUCUGAGAUGAAUCAGACCAAUGAGAAUGAGAAGGGGCUGCACCCUGGAGACAGAAAAGCAUCAUUGCCCCCACUCAAACCGCCCUCCUCCUGGACAUCCCCUGCGCUGAAGGAGCUGAAGACCAAGCUGCGACAGGAAAAGGACAGCGUGGUGACGGUGUACAGGGGCGACGUCAUGACCGUACACGUUCCCACGGUCCCCGAGGCCAAGCAGGUGUGCUGGGAGUUCGCCACCGAUGGCUAUGACAUUGGCUUUGGCAUCUACUUUGACUGGACGCCAGUCACCAACCGGGCCAUUACUGUGCACAUCAGUGAGUCUAGCGAUGAUGAGGACGAGGAUGAAGAGCCGGAAGGGCCUGUGAAUCCUGGGGAUGUAGAGAAGGGCUCAAAAUCAGCAGCCAGUUCAAACCUGGGUGAGAUUCUACCGGUGUAUCGCCAAGACAGUCACCUGGCAGUCCAGGCAGGCAGCCACGAGUUUCCAGGCGAGGGAACUUACCACCUGAAGUUUGACAACUCCUACUCUCUGUGGCGGAAUAAAACUCUGUACUACAGAGUGUACUACAGUGCCUGAGAACCAAGUCUUGUGACUACAGUUGAAUGUUUGAACUGAAGGACUUCAGAGAUCUCUAUUUUUGAUUCUAUAUAGUAUAUGCUUGGGCUUAUCAAUUAUGUAAAAGCAACUGAUGUCUCUCCUGGAUCGUUGUUUGUGCUAUAUUUGUGAAAAUGGGGAGAAAACAUUUGCAAAAAGUCAGGCGAGAUGUUUAAUCAAGACAGAUUCUAUGGCUUUGUGUGUGUUCGUGGUUCCAGUGUCUUAUGUGGUUUGUGUACACUGUCCAUGUUUAUGAAUUCGAUUUUCUUGUUUUAUCAAAAGUGCGGUCAUCUUGAUAGGUAAGAUGCGAGAGAACUCUAGUUCAGGUGCAUAUCGAGGAUAUGAAAUUAAAUAGUCGAAUGUGUCUUCAUAAAGGCAUUUUUCGUGGCUGUGCGAGGGUAGACACUGAGAAGGAAGUUGGAGUUACCCAGCACUAAAGGCAAAAAAAAAUCUGUAAAAUCUCGAUGUGCUAAUUUAAAAAGUGUCUGGUCAACAUUUCAGGCCUCUGUUUCUUUUUGAAGUGACUUCCAGUGUAGAUCAGCUGUAAGCACAAAUCCCGUUAAGAAAGGAUUCAGGAAGUGAAUUUUGUUUGUAUUUGACAAAACGCAGAAUGGAACAUGAUAUGCUGUAGAAUAUUACACUUUGUCCUUAGAAGGCAAACAAAUUAUAUUCCAUAUUUGAGCCUUUCAUAAAUCAUCCUGAGAAUCCCGUUUCUGUGCCAAGAGCAGAGACAUGGCCAAGAGCAGAGACAUACUGUAUGUUCAUUCUAAUGUUUUCAGUUUUUUAUAACACUUUGCAAAUUACCUUCUAUUACAUUCAGGAAUCUUAAGCAUUGCAUAUCCCAGUCAGAUUGCAUGGCCCUGAAAUGGCAUGACCCAUAGUGAUUUUAUUUUGAUUAUAAUCCAAUGUUUUCUGUAAUUUAUUGACAUUUAAAGAUAUGUUUUAAAAUGUAUAAUACUUAAAAUGUUGUCCCUCCAAAGAAAACAAAAUAUAGUAAAGGGAAGGGGAAAUGUCUCUGAGUAAAAUGUUUUUGUGAUACGGAAAGGCAUCAUAGAGAAAAGGCUUAUCUUGCUAUGGUGGAUUGACUUCAUAUUUAGUCUGCCUGUAGCCAUUUUGUUUGGAAACAGGUUGUUUGACAAAAUAGCCAACAGCUUGAAAGAUUUGACAAUCAAGGAAGUGAACACUGGCAAGAGAAAAUCAUGUUAUUUCUAUAUUACGAAUUAAAAUUCCAGUGUAAUGUGUGUAAUGUGUGUUGCCUUGUACGGAGCCCUGAAAGUGGAAUAAUUUUAAAUUUGUCUGUUGAUGACAUAGUGUGUACAGAGGUGAUUGUGUUACAUUGUGUUGAUUAUAAUUUGAUGCCAGCGAAAGGGAAAAGUUAUGUGCAUCACUUUCAUUCCGAAGCCCCUUGAAACCAUUGCACCAGUACCUCAGUAAAUUGUGCUUGUUCCAAAGAAAUCAUUCAUGUUGUGCUGCUAGUCGGUGGGGAAAAACACCCCAAAUGAAGCUUUCUUUGUUCACUGUGCAAUGUAUUUCUGACACACUUCAUUAUGUACUUUGAGAAUACUGCUCAUUAAAUAAAGGCAUUUGAUUUUA